AUGAUCAUCUACUAUGAUUGUGCCAAAGCCCAACAGUCAAGUGACAAGAUUGCCAGACAGACAUGGACUAAGAGAUUCCUUUAUGAGCAACUAGCAAGAAAAUUCAACAACCCAUGGCGUACGGGGAUCCUUUUUAAACAGCCGCACAUUUCCAGUUACUUUGAAACAAGACAACGGGAUACACUGGACAAAAGAUACGACUCAACAUCCCAGGCUCGAACGACAGAAGAGGACUCGUCUCCUCCAGUCCCGUGUGAGACCAACCCUACUGGUCAGAAUGGUGUUGUGGUGUAUGAUGAUACAACUUAUCCCUUAAUUUCUGCCUCAUCGGUGCGCAGCUCAGCUGCUGUGGGUGGUGGACUGCAGCGGCACUGGAGCUUUGAGGAGAUACAUCACCAGGAGGAGAACCUAGCAUUUCAGCCCUGUGGACACUUAACGUCUGCUGGGAGAUACAACCCAGAACUAAGUCAGUGUCCUGUCUGCCUGGGUGAAGCCCAACACACAGCAACUGUCCUCAGGUCAAAUGAGGCCAACGAUGAUGGCAACGAGGAAAACUUUUUCAGGUGGAGUCGGAGUGUUCCACGAGUGCUGAUUGUGCUCACUGCUGUGAUACUCCUGAUUAUAUUUAGUUAG